AGGAUUCCUGGGCCAGGGGCGCACAGCCUUUGGGGGUCCCAGGGCCCCUGUGUGAUCUGCUCCGUCUACAUCAUGGACCCUGAGGUAUCCCUGAUGCUGCUUUGCCCUCCUGGGGGGCUGCCCCAGGAGCAAGUAGAGGUGGAGCUGAGCCCGGCCUAUGACCGUCGCUUCCUGCCAGGAGAUGACAAGACCAUCACUGCCAUCUGGGAAACCCGGCUACAGUCCCAACCCUGGCUCUUCGAUGCCCCCAAGUUCCGUCUUCACUCCGCCACGCUGGCACCCACUGACUCACCAGGACCACAGCUACUCCUGCGCCUGGGUCUUACUUCCUACCGAGACUUCCUGGGCACCAAUUGGGCCAGUUCAGCCUCCUGGCUGCGACAGCAGGGAGCUGCUGACUGGGGUGACAAACAAGCCUAUCUGGCAGACCCACUGGGGGUGGGUGCUGCUCUGGCCACUACUGAUGACUUUUUGGUCUUCCUGCGCCGCUCUGGGCAGGUGGCCGAAGCUCCAGGGCUGGUGGAUGUGCCUGGUGGGCAUCCUGAGCCUCAGGUCCUGUGCCCUGGUGAUGCCCCCCAGCACAAGACCCUUCCUGGGGAGCUGGUGGUACGUGAGCUCUUCUCCAGUGUGCUGCAGGAGAUCUGUGAUGAGGUGAACCUGCCACUGCUUACCCUGAGCCAGCCCCUUCUCUUGGGCAUUGCCAGAAAUGAGACCAGCGCCGGCCGGGCCAGUGCUGAAUUCUAUGUCCAGUGCAGCCUCACUUCUGAAGAGGUGAGGAGCUACUACCUGAGUGGAGGACCUGAGGCGCAUGAGUCUGCAGGAAUCAUCUUUGUGGAGAUGCAGAGGAUGCAGCGAUUGCAGGAGACAGAGCUGUGGACUGAGCUCUGCCCCUCAGCCAAAGGCGCCAUCCUCCUCUACAACCAGGUCCGAGGAAGUCCUACCUGACUCGCCCAAGGACCCUAGGCCUGUCACCAAAAGUCUGAGGACAAUAAAGCACUUUAUUCUUGAA